AUGACUCCUUCAAACUUUGCUUUGUAUUUCACAUGUCUGUUUUUGGUGAAUACAGCUCAUAUGACAACUUUACAACCAGCUAUACGUUUUAAAUCAGCUAAUGUUGGGGAACAUGUGACUUUGCAAUGCUUUGGUCGAGAUAAUGUUGCAGUGAUGUUCUACUGGUUUAAACAAACUCUGGGACAAAAACCAAAGCUUGUGACUACGUUCUAUAGGCAUAACAAAAUUGGCGAUCUUCAUGACGAAUUCAAGGAAGAUCCACGUUUAUCAUUGGAUACUCAGGACGAUAAAAAUCACUUGAUGAUCUCAGAUUUGCGCAUUUCAGACUCUGCUACUUACUUCUGUGUAAGUAGCAAUUUAUAUGUCUUAAAAUUUGUAGAGGGAAUUUCUGUCAACGUAAAGGGUACAGGUUGGAACAUCCAAGCUUUGGUGCAUCAGUCGGCAUCUGAGAGCAUCCAGCCAGGAGACUCUAUGACUCUGAACUGUACAGUACACACUGGGACCUGUGAUGAUGGAGAACACAGUGUUUACUGGUUCAAAUACUCUGAAGAAUCUCAUCCAGGACUCAUUUACACACAUGGAGGCAGGAAUGAUCAGUGUGAGAGGAACACCAACACACAAACACACACCUGUUUCUACAACUUGCCGAUGAAGAGUCUGAAUCUUUCUCAUGAUGGGACCUACUACUGUGCUGUCGCCUCAUGUGGACAGAUACUGUUUGGAAACAAGACCAAGUUGGACGUUGAGCAUGGGAAGGACUCUCCUGCCUUGGUGUAUAUCUUGAGUGGAGCUUUGGCGUUCACCACCAUCCUGGUUGUUUUAUUGGCUCUCACAGUGUGCAUGAUCAGCAGAAACUGCCAAUGUACAGAUUCAGUGACUUCUGCUCAGAAUGUAGAGGUAAGUCAAGAUGCAGACAACCUUCAUUAUGCUGCUAUAAGGGAUCGCAAGGCCAACAGACCAAGAAGACAGCAGGACAACACAAUGACUGAAUGUGUGUACUCCAGUGUAAAGCAGCAAAACUAA